UAAAAUGGCACAGUCCACCUGGCCGAGGGGCGCGUAGCAGGCGAAGCCAGCUUACGCCGCAGUCAGACAGUCAGAGAGUGCCAAGGCUGCAGUAAAACUAUGUUUGCAAAAACAAAGUCUGGGUCGAAGAAAGAAAGGAGAGAGAGGACAGGCAGAAGAGAGGGUGUCAGUAUGUCACACAGUUUCUCCUCAAAGAAAGGUGGGUUUAGUUAGUGAGUGGUUAAAUUCAACCUGUUAGCUAGCUCUGAUAUCCACAGUGAGAGGAACUAUGUUUCAUCUAAUUAUGGUAAACGGGUUGUCAUCCUUGUCCCUACAAGAAUCAGCAGCUGAUGAUAUGUCAGCAGGUGUCCCCUUACAACCCAAUGAACCUCAAGAAGGUGAGCAAUGUAGCAUGCUAGCUAGCUGCCUCAUUUAAGGGGGUCUGUGGGAAUCACUUAAGGCUCUCUUCUCUAUCAGUACUGUUACAAAGGAAUAUAAAAAGGCUAGUUUUGGUGAUAAACACAUUGAUAUUUAUAAUUAUCAUUAUGUGGACAAACAAUCAAUAAAAAUGUAUAGAUUGUUUUGGAUGCUGGGCAGGUUGAAGCAUUGUUAUUUAGUCUGUUAAUGUAACUGUUAAUGUUACUGUGAGAAAAUUACUAUGAAGCACCUUUUUGAAGGCACCAUACAAGAAAAAAAAUCCUCUUCAUCUACUAAAUACCUUGAAAUGAAAUGUUUAAAAUCUGACUGAAUUAUGGGAGGUUUUACAAGAUGUCAUUUGUUUAUGUAGCUUUUAGAACACAAACCAAAAAUUAAUAAUUUACAAAUAAUUCAUCAGAGAGCAAAACUGAAACAAAAGCUAUUAACAGUUGUAAUAAAUAAACUUAAUAUAACAUUGAACACAAUAAAAUAUGAAUUCUAGUAUUGAUGAACGAGAACUACAGCUAAUAUCCUGCAGGAGUCUGUGCUGCAUUUUCCCUGUUGUGCAUUAAUUUUAAAGACUGUUGUAACUUGGAUAAAGAUUGUCACAAAUGAUAGCCUAUAUUGUAACACAUAUAUCAAUUUCAUUAUGUACAGAGCCUGGACACUCCUAAUGUCAGGUGAAGCAGAAACUACCAUUGUUAAAAGAAAUGUGUUUAACUUUGAAAAUGUGGGCGCAAUUUUAGUUCAUUUUGCUCAAAUAGAAAUUGAGGCCUGCCUCUAAUUCUGGUCCUCCUUCCAAUAAAGGCCUGGAGCUUGAUGAGCUUGAGUCAAAUAUAGGCCCGGGCCUGUAUUAGAGGAUUUACGGUAUAUACGUAUUCAUGCAAAGUUGUCCAAAUUUAAAAUUUUAUGUAACCCUAACUGACUCCGGUUUGAACUGUGUGCUUAUUCAUUUUGUGUCUAUGAUGAAGCCAUGGAGACUUAAUAAAUAAGUCACCUUGUGAGCAGUGAAUCUUUAAUUUUUGUCAGUCAUACAGAAAUACUUGAUUUCAAGAGGAAAGACAGCUGAAAAUGUAGUUAUGUAAAGCUUUGACACAACAUGGAAAUUUAAUUAGAUAUCCAAAUUUGAAUUUUAUCAAAUAAAAUCUUAGAAUAAAUAAACACAUUUUAAGGGAAUAGGGAAAAGGAGAUUAACACCUUUCAGCAUGUGCAUUUCCUGCUUUUUCCAGCAGUGAUAUUGCUAAUUCUGUUGAAGGAAAUUCACUGUUUAAUGAGAGACAGCUGGUGAAAAUGAUAUGUAAAUAAGUAAGAAUGCAUGUAGACCUACAUAAUUAAGCAAAACUGAAACACUAAUAUAAAGUACCGGUAUAUAUAUAUAUUUUUUUCUCCCUUCGAAUCUGGGAGGGUGGAACCCCAGCCCCCAGGGGGCCAAACUUGAUAUUUUUUCAUGGGGCCCAAAAUCUCUGGCAGCCCCCCUGGAUGCUAACCUUUAGCAUUAGCAUCUCCAUCACACGGCAGAACUCCUCCACGCUUGUGUUAUAUGUGGAGAUAAAACAUCAAUGUUGAAAAGCAGUGUUGAGUCAGUGGUAGAGUCGUGUUGCUGUUAGCCAGUCAGAGGAGAGUUGUCCAAAUAUCAGGAAAUAAGACUCCAAAUCAGGUCGUCUGAAGCUACUUUCUCCUCUGGCUGAAUUCUACAUUCUCAAACAGGCACACCAGAGCCCACUCCCCAGAGUACACCUUACAAGGCAUCAAUUCCUAAUAGAGACCACUGCAAAUGUAUUAAACAUACAAGUAAUGUGGACCUUUAUAUAAGGAGGGAAAAAAGAUAAGUUGUUUUAUAAUAGUAUCAAUGACAUCACAGGCUGAAACUUUAGAUUUGCAGGCAUUUUAAUGAGUGUCCUUUGGGUCCCCAUCCUUCCAGCUCAUGAGCUAGUCACCCUCUGUCUCUCAAGCACUAUGUUGAGCUGCCUCAAAAUCCAGACAGGUUGAAGAGAAGCUUCCUCUCUGAGGCUGUAGAUCUCAUGACCUCUGACCUCUGAGCUGUCCUCUGUCAGCUUGUUUAUUUUUGUUGACUUUAGGUUGUUUAUUUAUUUAGGCUAGCCUGUGUAACAAGUUCACAAAUUUCUCUAACAUCCUGCUGAAUGAAUCUGAAUCAGGUUAUUAUCAGAUAUCGGAUCAGCACCUGAGCCCAAAAGCUCAGAGUUUAACUUCAUCUGAAUUCCAUCAGUUUAUGGAAAACGUCAUCAUGUUCCUCUUCUUCUGACCGGCACAUCUGUUAUCAGCCUGCAGCUUCUUUUUGCCCUCUGACGUUCAUGUCUGCUGUUCUCCUAGGCCCUCUGUCUGCUCCAGACCUCCUCUCUCUUCAGGUGUAACUAGUUGACAGUGGCCGUACAGAUACUGGAUUCCCUGGAGCCAGGGCUGCCUGUAUUCUGUUUGCAGCAAAAAUAAAUAACGGCAUAUUAAUCAGACUUCUAAGGGAAAAGAUAGUAUCACAUGGGGGUGAUCUGUGAGUGCUUGUUCUUAUUUAGACUGUUGAGCCAUUUUUAGAGCCCCCCUCUGACUCUCCUUGACCUCUGCUUAUUGUCUGUUAUCCAUUCAUGUACUCUGAGGCCGUUACUGAGUGUGAGUCAUCUGUGGAGAUUUCCUUUUAACAGCUUUUCUCUCUGUGGCUUCACAGAUCCAUGCAAUGCAAUCACGAUGUCUUUAGAAUAGUACAAUGUAGAACACAUUGGUCACUUUGUGGCUGCAUGCAACUUUCCACCUUACUGUCCAACAACAUCUCACUUCAAACAGGAAGUUUGUCGCAAUAUUUCUGAAAACAUAAGCUGCCUAAAUGUGAUAUUUGUUUAGCUUCAUUUUAGAUUAAACUUUUGCCAUUUGUGUGCCAACCAGCUGGUCCAGUAAUAAACAAGCAAUGCUUCUAUUUGCCAUCUUUAAGGUUUAACAUUUUAUUAAAUUACAGUUGUUAUUUUGUUUUGGUUGGAUUCCUGGCUUGAGCCUUUUUAUGUGGAGUUUGUCUGUUGUCCCGGUGCUUGGUCAGGUUUUCUCCAUGCACUCUGGCUUCUUCCCACAGUCCAUGAAAAUGCAUGCUAGGUUCAUCUUUUGACACUGCAACAUUAGUUUUAAUGAAGAAAGUUGAGGGUAUAGGUAUAAUUGAGGAAAGGACAAGGUAUCAUUAGCAUUAGCAAAAUAAUUUAUGCUGGUUCUUUAAAGAACAAGAGACUUCACCCUCAUGCCUGUCUUGGUUCUUCACUGUGGUGCUAUAGUUAGUCCAAAUUAAAGGGAAGAAGAGACUGUUUGGAUCUUUACGCCCUUCCUGUUGGAACACCAAGAGUAACAGCUGUUGUCCUUUUGCAUAUCCAGAUACAAAAACCUCUGUGGUGUCUAAUUUUACAAAACCACAGGGAGGAGAAUCACCGCCACUCUCUAAGCCAUUGUAAGUUCACGAAGCUUGUUUGAAACAAACUGGGGAGUUCACCUGACCUUUACUGUGGCUCAAAAUGAACUCAAUAUGUACUGUUGUGUUUCAACAAAGACCUUUAAAGUUCGCCUUCAGGGAAUGGUUUUAGAAAGUUGUGAUUAUAUGAGAGUCGGUCCAGAAAUAUUGAAUAAUGGGAACUAAAUGUCAUUCAACUAAUCAGCAACUAUUCAUGUGUUGUACAUCUGAUGAUCUGAUAGUAAGUUUUCAAAAAAGGCUUUUAGUUGUCUGGUGAUUUUUUUACUAAACUUAUUUUCAUAAGAUGUAAUAAAGUAACCUUAUUGUUUUUUCUCCAUGAUGUGUUUUGGCCUUUAAGCCUAGUUCAUUUUCUCCAUCAGCAAGUUUGCACUCACAUUCUAUAGGGAGCCCGAGUCACCCAUCUACUAGACCAUGGAUCAUAACUGCCCUAAAAAAUGAAUGGGAGUCUAUGGAAGGAUAAAAGUUGUUUUCUGAUGCAGUAUGUGCCAUGGAUUUCACUAUUAAUGUUCGUGAAUUUUCAAAAACACAUUUUGAUGCCAACGAAGUGCUUAUUUCAGACAAGUUAUUUUAGUUUUUGUGUGAAAAUACUUAACGGACUGAAAAUGUUCGGCUCACCAAAUUGACGUCAUCGAACCAGACAGAGAAGAGAAGAAAAAUGACUGUAAAGCAAGCUUUAGGGGAGGAGACUUGGGCUCACUUUUGACAGAGACAAGGCAAGGCAGCUUUACCUAUGUAGCACAUUUCAAACACAUGGCAAUUUAAUGUGCUUCACAAUUAGCAAGAAAUGGCACGACAACAAACAGGAGAACACAAAUAAAAAAUAUACACAAAUAAAAUUAUAAUUUAGAGCUAAAAGGAAAAGACAGAAUUAAGGUUGAGCAAGUACAGUGGAGACGAUGCAGCAUAAGAAACUCUUCAUUCAACCUCUAUGCCAACUAUUUCAGUGUAUCACCAGAUGAAGACAAUGGAUUUGAACAGUUAGUUUGAAAGGGCCAUUGCCCGAAAAACUGAAAACAAAUUAGUUAAUUAUCAAUGUUAAUUGUUUUCUCUGAUGUAUGCAGUCGUUUAUAUAGUAUUAUUUUAGCAUAUUUUUAAUAAAAUACCUGUUUAUGAAAUUAUGUUUUUUAAUUAUGGUGAAUUUAUGGAGUACUAUAAAAAAACAGGAUUUCCGGUUUAGGAUUCUCUGCAGAGUGCAUGGACUGAUUACACCACAUAUCUCAUUAGAUCAGAUGGUGUGUAAUUAGCAGGAAUCUACAACCCACAUCCACUAAUGAGUUUAGAGGUGGAGAGAUGGAAAAUGAUGAAUCAUGCCCUGAUAAUCAGCCAGCUCUAAUUUGAUCAGUAGACAAACAGAGAUUUGAAGAUUUCUUCAGUUACUGCUGGUUUUGUAUUUCUGAUAAAGAGGCACAAUAUUUAUGUCCUGUGAGAAUGUCAAUAAAUAAAUAAAUAUCAGAUUCAAAUUUUUCUCUUAGCCAAAUUUUAAACAGAUAUAAAUCAGACUGAUCACAUCAUAGAACAAAGCAAAGUCUGUCGACUAUAUUCUGGAUGAAGACCCCUCGAACUGUUUGUUCUCCUGGUUCAACAUUUUAUGAUUUAAGUAAUUUUUACACAAAGAAAGUAAAUUGUUACAUGGUUGAUUAUUAAAAUUUAAAUAAUACAGAAUAAAUAUUGUGAACCACAUAUGAAAAUCCAGCAGAUUGGUAAAGAAUUCUCAAAUUUGUUAUUUCACAUAAAAAUUCCACAAAAUUUCACUUUUAAAGGGAGACUUGGCAGUUAUGGUUUGCUUUUAGCACCCCCUAGUGUCUGUUUGUAGAUCAGAAAGCAAAACCUAUCUCCUCGCUAUGCGUAUAUCUUGUUAACACCUUAAUCUUACAGCUGAAAUGUCCCCUCAGUGUUAAUAAGUGCCUACACGAGUGAUUCAUCACUAAAUUAAUCAAAUCACCUGUAUUCAUGAUCUAACACUUGCAGGAGCUCCAGGUACUCUAGCUCCAGGUAUGUCAGCUCCAUCCCAACAGACUGGACUAGCACUCUGAAGCCUACUGCACACUGGAAGCAUCAGCGGCGCACAACGGCAGUGGAACGUCACAGCUUCAAAUAGAUUCCAUUGGAGUCUAUGGGGGGAUUCAAACCAGCCACUCAAUAGGUUCGGUUCGAUUUCUGCAGUUAACACAGGGCUAGACAGGAAAUCACACGUUUUCAGUGUAAAAUCCCCAGCAAUUUUCAUAAUAAGUCUAUUGUGGCGAUGAGAUUUUAUAUCUAUGUACAACUGACCUAACGGCCUAUUUACUCUCUGCAUCGUUCUAGAAGUGCAGCGGUUUUUCAUAGCUUUAAUCCUGGCAGUGGAGAGAAGCAACAUCAUAUAUGACACCAAACAGGGAUAUAAAAUGUAAUCUUUCAUUUGGGUUUAAUGGCAGAUGGCAUAAACUGGAGGGAUUUUGUGAUCUCACGAGUUAAACGACGAGGAUGGCAGAAGUCUCGGGGGAUUAUGUGAUCUCGUGAGUUGAGCGAGAAGCACAGCGGAAAAGCUGCUUCAUGGCUGAGACUCUCCCAGUGUGUAGUGGAGUGCAGAAAUUGUUGCGAGUAAACCUUUCCGCUGCUGUAGUCACAACCUGUCCUGACUCCUUAUUCUGUUCAGUCCUGCGUCUCUCCUGAUUGCUCCCACCUGCCUCUCAUCUCCCAGUCACUGUAGAUCCCAGCUCCUCGCGUAUUUAAACCCUCCCAGUUCUGUGUCCCUUGUCUGUCCAUUGUUUUCAUGUCAAAGUUAAAGUCCCAUCAGUUGUCACACACACUGAUGUGUGCGCGAAAUUUGUUCUCCGCAUUUGACCCAUCCCUUGGGGGAUGCAAUGAGCUGCAGACACAGCCACGCUCGGGAACCAUUUGGUGGUUUAACCUCCCAAUCCAACCCUUAAUGCUGAGUGCCAAGCAGGGAGGCAUUGGUUUCCAAUUUAUCAAAGUCUUUGGUAUGACCCGACCAGGACUCAAACCCUUUUCUCCCAGUCUCAGGGCGGACACUCUACCACUAGGCCACUGAGCUGGUUCCCCUGUGUCCGUGAUUAAAAACCCUCUCAAAACUUUCCUGUCUUCCUGUCUGCCUUCUUUCCCGCAUUUGGAUCCAGCGGGGAAACUCUUCCCUGGGAGUACCUGCUCCGGUGGCUCACCCUAAGCCACCGGCCGGCUACAUAGGAGGUUGGAGUGGGAGACGCAGCCGAACCGCUCCUGCUACUUGGGCACCAGACUGGCUGUGUGCUCCGCGGAGUUGGCCCACGGCGCUGGGAAGGAACCCAGGCUCCACAGUCACCUCCAGCCCCAGAGCUGCACUGCGGGCUCACCGCUACCCAUGUUGGCGCGCCAGCUUGGACCCCCAGCCUCUGACUCCGGUCCAGUCAUCUCCUCCCUCAUCUCCAGGCCAAGGGACCGAGCUGGCAGCCCAUCCAACAGAGCUCGCUGGCCUCCAAGCCGAGUUGGUCCGGCUUUGUCAAAUCCUCAGCCUCCAGGAGUUCCAGGUGGAGACCCUAACAUCCCUGGUCUUCCAGCAACCUGUCCAAGAGGCUCUGCCCCCGGCCCAGCCUGUCCAAGAGGCCCCAGCGGCUCCGCCUCAAGUCAAGUCAGCGGCCCCAUCUGCAGCGGCUCUGCCUGCAGUCAAUUCAGCAGCCCCGCCUGCGGCGUCCCACCUCCAGUCAAGCCAGCGGCCACGCUCGCGGCGGCUCUGCCUCCAGUCAAGUCAGCGGCCCCGCCCGUGGCGGCUCCGCCUCCAGUCAAGUUAGCAGCCCUGCCUGCAGUGGUUCUGCCUCCAGUCAAUUCAGCUGUCUCGCCUGCAGCGGCUUUGCCUCCAGUCAAGUCAGCAGCCCUGCCUGCGGCAGUCCCGCCUCCAGUCAAGUCAGCGGCCCCGCCUGCGGCGGCUCCGCCUCAAACCAAGUCAGCGGCCCCGCCCGUGGCGGCUCCGCCUCAAGCCAAGUCAGCGGCCUCGCCCGCAGAGGCUCCACCUCCAGCCAAAUCAGCGGACCUGCCUCCAGAGGUCCUGCCUCCAGCCAAGUCAGCGGACCCGCCUCCAGAAAUUCUGGUUCCAGCGGUCCCACCUCCAGCCAAGUCAGUGGAAUCACCUCCAGAGAUUCUGGUUUCAGUGGUCCCGACUCCAGCCAAGUCAGCGGACCCGCUUCCAGAAAUUCUGGUUCCAGCUGUCCCGCCUCCACUCCAGUCAACUCCUUCAGCGCCUCCACUCCAGUCAGUGCCACCUCCACUCCAGUUAGUGCCGCCUCCACUCAAGUCAGCAGCGCCUCCAGUCACCACCAGCCCUGUCCUCGCCCAUCGCCUCCUGUGCCCCAGACGCCAGCCCCCCAGACUCCGUCUUGGUACUGUCACAACAUGUCCUGUUUCCCCAUUCUGUUCAGGUCUGUGUCUCUCCUGAUUGCUCCCACCUGCCUCUCGUCUCCCAAUCACUGUAGAUUCCAGCUCCUCGUGUAUUUAAUCCCUCCCAGUUUUGUGUCCCUUGUCUGUCCAUUGUUGUCAUGUCAAAGUUAAAGUUGAAGUCCCAUCAGCUGUCACACACUGAUGUGUUCGUGAAAUUUGUUCUCCGCAUUUGACCCAUCCCUUGGGGGAGCGGUGAGCUGCAGAGACAGCCGCGCUCGGCAACCAUUUGGUGGUUUAACCUCCUAAUUCAACCCUUAAUGCUGUGUGCCAAGCAGGGAGGCAUUGGAUUCCAUUUUUUCAAAGUCUUUGGUAUGACCCGACCAGGACUCGAACCCUGUUCUCCUGGUCUCAGGGUGGACACUCUACCACUAGGCCACUGAGCUGGUUCCCGUGUGUCCAUGAUUAAAAACCCUCUGAAACGUUCCUGUCUGCCUGCCUGCCUUCUUCCCCGCAUUUGGAUCCUCACCUCCGCUUCACUCACCUGCGCACCCGUGACAGCCGUUCCGUGCCGCUGAUGCUUCCAGUGCAGUAGGGGUGAAGUUGCAAGUGGAAUCUUCUGGCCACGGGGCGAAAGGGGCUGGGCGGCCUUUUAUUAUUCCUGUAAAGGGUAAUUUUAGCACAUACUGGCUCAAGAAAAUGGCUUAAAAAUAUGAAAAAUUUGAAUGAUAUCCCUUUAAUGGCCAUUCAGUGCCCUUUUUUACUUUAAUGUUAUAUAUAUAUAAUUUUUUAAGUGAAUGAAUGAAACCUUUGUUUGAGCAUUUAAACAAUAAUGUUUCUGGUCUUGGCCGCAAAUAAAGACUCAAAAGUGUGCACAAGUUAUCAAAUAUGGUCCUAAUAUAGUCCCCCGCCUCCAAAAUACCCUUUAACUUUAAUAAUAAACAAAAUCCAGAAGGAAGCCUCACUAGAACAAUGUUCUUUUGCAUGGUUCAGCCCUAAUUAGCCCAACAGGGUUCCUUAAAGCUUUACGUGUGCUAAAGGAGAUGUUUUUCUUUGUCACGUAUCUGAUUCCAGGCCAGCUUUUGGGAAUAAAUUCUCCUGAACCUCAGCUGACACAAAGUGAAAUAUUUGUUGUCGACUGGGCCAGACAACCACACCAUUAAUCAUGAGUGAUGACGUGUUUACUGUUGCCUCGUGUGUUAUUGUUACUCUGCUGUCUUUAGACUCCCCACAUCCGUUGUUCAAGAGUCUGGGUCGCAGAGAAAAAAGAAAAACAUGAAUCAAGGCUGAUUGGAGAGCUGUGAUCUGAUAUGAAAGGGGGAAAAUGGCAAGAAGACAGUUGACUUGAUCUCUAUCUAUAUCUGGUACUGGCAGUAAAUAUAAACUGGACUUUUUGUCCCUGGCACCAUGGAGACUCCCAGCAGAUGACAUAUUGCAGAUAUACGUGUUUUUCUUUAUUGUGAGGAGUUUUCUGUCAUGCAGAUCCAAUGAGGCUUGGAGUUUGUGGUGAAGGAUUUAGAAGUGCCCCAGGGAGGGAGUGGUUUUGACAGGCACUCUGGGAAUGGUCCGGGACUUAGACUAUUGUUCAGGAAGUGGUUUGGGUGCUUUUUUAUAGCACUUUUUGUUUGUACCAGCAUCACUUCGUAGAGACACAUAAGGGCACAUUAAUUUGAACCAUCGCACAACUCACACAAAAAACAAACAAAAAAAAAAUCUGCUCUUAAACAACAGCAAACUAAUCAAAUCUUAAUAUUUCUUACUUUUUUCCAUAUUAAGCCCAAAUCAUACAGAUUUCUCCUUUAAACAUACUUUGCUCAAACAAAAGAAAUGGUGAGGAACCUGUAGUGAUCACUGCCAACAAACUAUCUGGGCUUUACUUUAGCUUUUAUCACUAGUAGAUCUUUGAUCUGGGCUCAUGUUUGGCCAUUUAAGAAAAGCUCUCAGUCAUUCUUGAGUGCUUUUAGCAGAAUCUUAGAGCCCAUUAUGUUUCUGAAUGGCCUAUGACCUGCAACUGAACCUUACUAUCUGGGCUUUAUGAUACUUGUGUGGCUCCAGGAUGCCUUGGUAGUCUAGAGGCAUAGUUUUUCAACAAGCAAAUUCAAGGUUUCCUGUGUUAGAUGCAGUUAAGCAACCUUAAAACAACAUUAAACCAUUUAUUUGCAUUGUCUCAGUGUUGUUGGGGAUCCAUUUCUGUAUCUGAAGAGACGAUCCCACUGACAGAAUUGCUGGCUGGUUUUUCUGAAGAACUUUUGCAGUGUUCACAUGUUUCCAAUGGCUUGAAUAAAAACGAAGAGUUGAAAAGGUUUGUUCCAACUCUGAAGGCAGCAGUGGUGGUUUUUAGCUGCUUUUGUGAGAAGCGCCAGUUCUUUUCUUAGGUCAGUCAGUUGAUUCACAUUGUUGAUGCUUUCACUUACUUUCAGCUGUCUGUGACUUAGUUCUUAAAGAAGCAUUACAGGUGCCAAAUGCUUUUGAUGAAUUUUUGAAGUUCAACAAAUCCGGAUUAAAAUGGUUCUCUCGAUAUUCUUCUUAAAUGCUGUUUCAGCUGGCUACAUUAUUCAAAAUAAAAGUAAACACUUUCACGCACAGCGAUACUUGGUUUGGGAAUGAAAAUGUCCACAUGUUUAGAUUUUGGAAAGCCCAUGGGGUUCAGUCUGAAAGUUUUCAAUCAUCUAUUUUCUUCUGCUUAUCUGGGGUUAUGUCACGGGGUCAGCAGCCUAAGACUCCCCUCUCCUCAUUCACUUUGGCCAGCUCUUCCAGAGGAAUCCCAAGACAUUCCCUGGCCAGAUGAGAAAAAGUGUUUCCAUUGUGUCCUGGGUUUCCCUAGGUCUAUUCCAGGUUGGAUGUACCUGGAAAACCUCACCAGGGAGGCGUCCAGGAAGCAUCCUAACCUGGUGCCACCUCCUGGUUUUGGAGUUUUUAAACAAAAUGAAACCCAAGAGCUUGUCACAGCUUUCACAAUUAGUAGUUUUCUCAGGGAGUGUGAUCUGUAAUACAAAGACUCUUACAAGUUCUCAAAAUUACUAUUUUUCUGUCUCCUUUAAAGAGCCUUAUUUUCUGCUCUCAGAAUGUUAAUUAACUUCUGGUCUGGCCAGUCUUCUCUAAGUCUCAUUAGGACAAUUGGCUGUAUGACAUGACCUGAUGUGACAUCAACACAAUAAGUACAGAACAUGACUGCGGCAGCACAGCCUGGGAGAAACAGUGAAGGGGUAUUUUUGUGACAGAAAGGAACUAAAGAACUGUGGGUGUCCGUCUGAUGCCCUUAGGAAAUCAAUAGACUGUUCAAUGAGUAACGCAGCACUGCCUUAGAAUAAGGCCAAAGGCGCCUCUAAUUGCUACUGCUUUGUUUGCAUUUAGUCCAAAACUCUGCUGCUAAUACGAUUAGGUCACUUUGGGUAAAAGUAUGUUCGGUCAAAUCAUCUCAUACAGCAAAGUUGGCUGUCCUUCAUUAUUCCAGUCAGUCACAACAGGUCUUUUAUGUGGGUUUUUGUUGUAAUGUAUUAAAGUUUCAGAACAUUUAAUAACUUUUAUCUAUUUGAGGAGAUCAGAUGACUAAGAAAACUAACUGAGAAUGUAAGAAACAAGUUUUCUUAAGAAAAUGACCUAGUAUUGAUUUUCAAUGUGUGGAAGCAGCUCCAGUUAACACAGCAGGAAGUUCUCUAACUAGAUUC